AUGCUGGGAAAGACCAUCACAGAUUUCAUAGGUACUCCUAUUACACUAGAAACAACCUCCAACCUGUCGAGCCAGAGCCAAAAGCUGCAGUUCCAAGAAUGUCAUCUAGAGGCUGUCCCCAGAAGUGAGUCGAACCCCACAGAGCCCCAUGUCGAAGAUGUUAGCUUUACUGCAGAAAUGAACAUUUUUACAGCACAGCUACAAACUACUGCGUUCAUAAGUUUUAAUUACUUGACAUCCAUUAGUUUUAUUCAGGCUCCCUGCUCUUGCACAUGCUUAUUAAAGCCUGCAGCAGGGAGAGCUCAUCUCACCUCUGUUUCAGGCGCAUCCAUACAAAACCAAGGCAGGGAGAGAGCAGCAGAGGACCAGAACAGAGUCAACAUUGAUUUUGCAUUAGAAUCAAAUAGAUGA